AUGGUGAACCCACGCUACCUGGUCAUCAGCCUCGGCAACCCCUUACCAAAAUAUACGUCUCUGCACUCAGCCGGUCAUUUCACCCUUCGUGGCCUCGCGCCUCUGCUGCCCAACCAGCCUCCAUUCGCUCAAAACAAGUUCGGCAAGGCCAACGCGCUUGUAUCGCAAGGCUCCAAGUACACGCUUGUCCAGUCGCCGACGCUGAUGAAUGUCUCUGGGCCUUUCGUCGCACGAGCAUGGGCAGAGAUGCUCAAGACUUACGAAGCCAAGGACUGCUGCUUGGUCAUCCUGCACGACGAGCUCGAAAAACCACUUGGCGUUGUGAGGUUGGUGGAUUGGGAAAGGUCCCACAAGGGUCACAAUGGACUCAAGAGCAUCAGAGGCGUGAUCAGCCAAGCAAGGUUCCCAGAGAGCCCGCUUGUGAGGAUGGCGGUGGGUAUAGGGAGACCCAAGGAGCGUGAUCCCGAGACUGUGGCGCGAUAUGUGCUCGAUACCAUUCCCAGAGAAAUGGUAGAUGCAUUCGAGGGGGAUGCUGCAGGCAAGGCCCGGGAGAGGUUAAGAGAGCUGGAAGCCGAGUGGUGUGAGGAGGCGGCGAAAGUAAAAUGA